AUGACUUCCUGGAGUAACCGCGAUAUCACCAACAAUCACCUCCUGCCGUACGUGGACUCCGCCACGGCUCCGGAGGAGGUCAGCGCAGCCCUGAAAACCCUUCCGUUCGAGCGCAACAUCUUCAAGCUGAUCGCCAAUGCGCCCACCUUUUUCCCAACUUUCAUGAAACUUUUGACCUGUGCCUGGUCGCCCGAGCGCAGCUUACGCUCGAAGGAUUGGCAACUGGUCGUCUUGCGCACCGCGUCCCUACUCGAUGCUCCGUACGAGUGGGACGUCAAUGAGCCCGUGGCCCGAGUCUUCGGGUACACCGAUGCACACCUGGCGGGCCUCCGCUCCGGGGACUUGAGCUCGACGGAGCUCUUCUCUGACCGCCAGCGACUGAUCAGUGCGGUGGUGGAGGAUCUUUGUCUGCGCAAUCGUGUCGACAAGGACACGGUACUCAAAGCCAAGCAGGUCCUCGGGGAUGAGGCUUUGAUGGACCUGUUUUACACCCAGUCGAUCUACGCAUUUCUCGCCCGCACCAUGAACAGCUGCUUGAUUGACUUCGAUGCGCCGAUUCCGGGAUUGGAGGACAUGCUCCGGAAGUACAACGCAGCCAUUAUCGAACGUGAAAGUGCCUAUACGGAUUAG